AUGCACGCUCAUUUCUACAUAUUUUUAACUAAUAAAAACGUUCUUUCACUUAUAGGGUCUAACAACAAGUUCAUCACCGCAAUUGCUUAUGCAACCGGCACUCAACCGUACUCAGUGGCAGUCAUCGAUGUAAACAAUGACAAUAAACCCGACAUAGUUACCGCUAACACCGGUGCAAGUACUGUCAGUGUUCUUCUGAAUACAGGUAAUGGGACGUUUUCUGCUCAAACUACUUAUGCAACUGACAGUAGUCCAUACUCGGUGGCAGUCAUCGAUGUGAAUGGUGACAAUAAACCCGAUAUAGUUACCGCCAAUUCCGGUGCAAGUACUGUUAGUGUUCUUCUCAAUAUCGGCAACGGGACGUUUUCUGCUCAAGCUACGUAUGCAACUGGCAGUAGUCCAUAUUCAGUAGCAGUCGUCGAUGUGAAUAGUGACAAUAAACCCGAUAUAGUUACCGCUAAUUCCGGUGCAAACACUGUCAGUGUUCUUCUUAAUACAGGCACUGGAACCUUUUCUACUCAAACUACUUAUGCCACUGACAGUAGUCCACGCUCGGUGGCAGUCGCCGAUGUAAAUAAUGACAACAAACCCGAUAUAGUUACGGCUAACUACAUUACAAGUACUGUCAGUGUUCUUCUGAAUAAAGGUAAUGGGACCUUUUCUGCUCAAAUUACGUAUGCAACUGGGAAUGGUCCAGUGUCAGUAUCAGUCGUCGAUGUGAAUAAUGACAGCAAACCCGAUAUUGUUACUGCUAACUAUGCUGCAGGUACUGCCAGUGUUCUUCUGAAUACAGGUAAUGGGGCCUUUUCUGCUCAAGCUACUUAUGCAACUGGCACUCAAGUGAACUCAGUGGUAGUCGUCGAUGUGAACAAUGACAGCAAGCCCGAUAUUGUUACCGCUAACUAUGGUGCAAGCAAUGUCAGUGUUCUUCUCAAUAUCGGCAACGGGGCCUUUUCUGCUCAAACUACGUAUGCAACUGGCAAUGGUCCAGUGUCAGUAGCAGUCGUCGACGUGAACAAUGACAGCAAGCCCGAUAUUGUUACCGCUAACUAUGGUGCAAGCAAUGUCAGUGUUCUUCUCAAUACCGGCAACGGGACCUUUUCUGCUCAAACUACGUAUGCAACUGGCAGUAGUCCAUACUCAGUAGCAGUCAUCGAUGUAAAUAAUGACAACAAACCCGAUAUAGUUACCGCUAACGUGGAUACAAACACUGCGAGUGUUCUGCUUAGCACAGGCACUGGGACCUUUUGUUGUCGAACUACUUAUGUAACUGGCAGUGCUCCAUUCUCAUUGGUAGUCGUCGAUGUGAACGAUGACAAUAGACCCGAUAUAGUUACCGCUAACUCCGGUGCAAGCAGUGUCGGCGUUAGUGCACAGUGCUAA